CGAAAUUGUGAACGCGCUGACUUUUUGGUCACGUGAUUACAGCGCACUUUAGCAGACGACUACAGUUGCAGUUACAGUCAGUAAGGUAUAAAGACGGCUUAAUGUAUUCUCCGGUGCAAGAGGUGCCGUCUACUCCUUUGUUGAACCUCCGGAACACGCGCGUGUCCGCUGAGGCACAGACACCGGAUGCUGUUGUUCCGGACACCUACAGUCAGAGCAGCCAAGAUGAGUCUUACAGCGUUCCGGGGACGCCACGCGCACUUGCGGUCCCUUUAACACCAUUGGCACCGGUUGCGAGGUCCAUCAUUAGGUGCACAGCAACCAGUUCUGGUAGAAGAUAUGUUUAUGACCCAUCGUUUAGACAACGGUCGCCUCUAGUCGGAACGUGCGCGAACGAGCAGGUCGUUCCGUGUACCCCAGGCAGUCUCAAGCUGGAAGCGUUCUCAACACCGGACACCCCAUCCCGACCCGCCGCGCACAAGAGACCACGGCACAUGGCAUUCACAUCCACGCUAGGGAGCGAUUUCAGAGACCAUACGCCGGUACGAACCUCGCCGCUCUUGUUUUCAAGUGAAGCCCGCCUAGGGUCCAUGCCAAGUAACGGUCCGUUUGAAGCGAGCCUAUCAGGGAUGACUCCUUCCGGUGCAGCAGACGAGGUGUAUGAAUCACGUGAUCUUAAUGCAUCACAUGAUCACUUGCGUGCUUUGUUUAGUGUAUCGACGCCGCAUUGUGGCAACAGGGGUGGCGGUGGAGCGAUUAGUAGGUCUCGUAAGCGCAAAAGGCCCCUUCGCGAAACAGUCGCACGUGCUCGGCGCUCGCCAGCCGACAUAUCCAAUGGCAACACGAGAGGACAUGAAGGUGACCGAACGCAGGACUUCCUUGAUAUCAUUUAAAAGCCGCCCCGUGUUGCCGCCUUGUAAGUUUUAUUUAUUUUUUUGUUUUGUUUUUAACUGUAGUCUGUAACCAUGUGUAAUCCAAUAAUUGUUUUAUUUGCACACAUGUUCAAUAAAGAACAUUCUAAUGCAUCUUUCUGUACUAUGCCGAUAAGUUUUACAAGAAGGAACAAUUUUUCUUGUCGAUUUGCUUUCUGUUCAUCAUGAUAAAAUGUUAUUUAAGAAUGCUAACACUU